AUGAAAGAAGAAGAAAUCCUCAAUUUAUAUUCAAAAGAAUCUCCAUUAUACUAUAUUGCUUGGGAUAAAGUUGAUGAUCUUAAGAAUAAAUUCCCCGAUCUUGAUAUUAAUAUUAACAAAAGAAUUAAUGAUAUUACACCACUUGAUUGUGCAAUUAAAUAUGGAUUAGAGUUGUGCUUCAAUUACUUGAAGAACAAAGGAGCUUGGUAUUCCAAAAACUCAGAUGAAUAUGCUGCCCAAAGCGAUAAUAAAAACAUUUUUAUGCGAAUGAUAGAAGAUGGAAAAUCAUUUGAUAACAUGAUUAGUACAGCAUUACAAUUUCAUAAUUAUGAAAUUGCUGAAUACCUUCAAACAAAUUUUGGGCAAAGUUUUGAUUCAAUAGCAGAAAGCAUGUAUUUCGGAAAUUAUGAAAUUGCAUCGUAUUUAUUCUCUAAUGGUGCAGAUGUUAACGAGAUUUACAUUUUGUUACUGUCCAUAUUUAUAAUUAUUUUAUAA